CAGUAAAAAAAAUGGCAACGAGUCAUUUUGGGGAGCCGACUCAAAGAGUCGGUUCUUAUUAGUGAGCUGAGUCAAAUGAUGUGACUCAUUGAGGAGAUCCUCGGAAUUCCCAGCACUAAGUGAGCGCAUCCUACUGGCCACAGGUGCCGCACCAGGUUUCUCCCUGUAGUGUGCUUUAGUAAAAUAAUAGUUGUUCUCUCAGCUGGACAGAGUUCAAGUCCAGCUUCAGCAUGAGUGAUAAGGACCUGCUCACUCUUCUGGACGGCAGCUCGAGCGACUCUGCGGUGCCGAAGCUCUCCCCCGCGGGCUUCGUUGCGCUCUCCGUCUUCUUGGGCUUCAUUAUGACUUUCGGCUUUUUGAACAACUUUGUGGUCUUGGUGCUUUUCUGUAAAUUUAAGAAGCUCAGGACGCCGGUGAACAUGCUCCUGCUGAACAUCAGUGUGAGUGACAUGCUGGUGUGUGUAUGCGGCACGAGCCUGAGCUUCGCGUCCAGUGUGCGCGGCCGCUGGCUGCUGGGGAGCACAGGCUGCAUGUGGUACGGCUUCAUCAACUCCUGCUUCGGUAUUGUGUCUCUAAUAUCCUUGGUGAUUUUGUCUUAUGAGCGCUACAGCACAAUGACAGUGUAUAACAACCGGGGACCAAACUACAGUAAACACUUGCUGGCAGUUGGGGGCUCAUGGCUGUACUCUUUGAUUUGGACAGUGCCACCCCUGCUGGGCUGGAGUAGUUACGGGUUAGAGGGAGCUGGCACCAGCUGUUCAGUGUCAUGGACCGAUCGCUCCUCUGAAUCCCACUCCUACAUUAUCUGCCUGUUCGUCUUCUGCCUGGGUCUGCCAGUGCUGGUGAUGGUGUACAGCUAUGGCAGGCUGCUAUAUGCUGUCAAACAGUUAGGGAAGAUUCGUAAGACAGCUCGAACGAGAGAUUACCACCUGUUGAUUAUGGUCAUCACCACGGUGGUGUGUUAUCUGCUGUGUUGGACACCGUAUAGUGUGGUGGCCAUAAUGGCCACGUUUGGCCGACCGGGAAUCAUUACACCUGUUGCAAGCAUAAUCCCUUCUCUACUUGCCAAGAGCAGCACCGUCAUCAACCCAGUUAUAUACAUCUUCAUGAACAAACAGUUCUACAGCUGUUUCCUGAUGCUGUUAGGCUAUAAGGAAAGGUCAGCGGUGAUGGAUGACCCCUCUUUAAUGGCCACCAAGAACACAGUGAUCCAGCUUAAAAACAUCAUGCACAGCAACCCAGUGUCCUGUACAGCACAUGCAUCCCCCCUCCUGCAGGAAAACAGGUGUAGCAUGAUCACUAUGGAGCAAGACAGCAACACUUAACUUAGCCUUGGUGUUCCAUACCACAGUUUCUGUGCUCGGGCUCUGUGUCUGUGAUUCGAUCAAAGACUUCCAAAUUUGCUGUUGUCUUUU